AUGGUUGCUAUAGCUAAAACGUUUUGCUACCGUAGCGCCAAGUCAGAUCCUAGCAUGAUGAUACUGAAAUGCAUUAGCUCAACUUGCCAAUGGCGUGUGUAUGCGACCAAGUUAAAAGAUUCAGAGGUUUUUGAGGUGAGGAAACUUGUAAGCGUUCAUACAUGUUCUAUAGCAGAGCGUGGUGGAUACCAAGGGCAAGCGACUUCAGCUGUCAUUGGAGAGCUGAUGAAAUCUAAAUUUGCUGGAAACGGUAUCGGACCUAGGCCGAGGGAAAUUAAAAUGAUGAUGCGGGGUGACCAUGACGUCUCCAUUUCAUACUGGAAAGCGUGGAAGUCAAGGGAAUUGGCUGUGGAUAAUGGCCACGGAACGUGUAAUGCUUCUUACAUAAAGCUCUCGGUGUAUCUCAAUAAUCUGGUAUUAGAAAAUCCUGGAUCUUUAGCCAACUUACACACUGAACAAACCGAGGCAGGGGGCCACCGGUUCAAAUAUAUGUUCCUCGCCUUAGGAGCAUCAGUAGAAGGAUAUAAGGCGAUGAGGAAGGUGGUGGUCGUUGAUGGGACUCAUUUGAAAGGAAGGUAUGCAGGAUGUCUGCUGACGGCAUCAGCACAAGAUGGGAACUACCAAAUAUUUUCCUUGGCCUUCGCCAUUGUUGAUAGCGAGAAUGACAUGUUGUGGGAGUGGUUUUUCGAAAACCAAUCAGCAUUUGUGCCUAAUGAGCCCCGAUUGGUCGUCGUAUCUGACAGGCAUCCCUCCAUCUACAAAAGGAUUAGCAAGGUUUAUCCAAGUGCAGGCCACUGCGUUUGUGUGCUCCAUCUGAAGAGAAACAUCAGGUCCAAUUUUCGUGAAAGGCAUUUGGAAUACCUAGUCGCGAAGGCAGCAAGGGCUUAUAAGUUGAAUGAUUUCUACGUUACAUUCAACGAGAUUAAAGCGAUGGAUCCAAAGUGUGCAGCAUACCUAAUCGAGAUUGGAUUUCAGCACUGGGCACGAUCCCAUUUCCCUGGAAACCAUUACAAUGUUUUGACUAGCAACUUCACUGAGUCUUGGAAUUCCGUUUUGAGCAAGGCGAGAGAAUUUCCAAUUUUCCAGUUGAUCGAUUUCAUCAGGGAGAAGCUAAUGACUUGGUUUGCAAAGAGACGAGAUUCUGCUAGCAAAAGCGGUGGACCUAUCACCCCACGCAUUGAAGGAAUCCUGACUAACAACUUCGAGAUGACCGGAGGAUAUGAGGUUGUCGACAUAGCUGAGAAGGAGUACGAGGUACGCAACAAGACUGGGGGAAGCUUCCAUGUAAACCUCACCGCACGGACUUGCAGCUGUUUUGAGUUUCAGAUGCUAGCUAUUCCAUGCUCUGACGUCAUUGCUGCUGCACUCAAAGCGAAGAUGAAUGUGGAGGAGCUGGUUAUUGAUGAAUACAAGCCAGAUUCCCUCAAGCGUGCCUAUGAAGGAAUUAUACUUCCCGAAUCAGCCGCACCGGUGGAGGUAGGAAUGCCUUCUAUUGUGACCGACCUCCAGUUGGGUCCACCUGCAAUACGACGUCCCCCGGGGAGGCCUAAGAAGCAGAGAUACUUUUCAAGAGGCGAAAAACGUGUGAAGUGUGUACGCAGAAGGAUCAAAUGCGGGAGGUGCAAAGGCAUUGGACACAACAAGGCCACUUGCAAGAACCCAAUAUGA